AUGGCCCCCUUCGUGCCUCGCGAACGGAAACAUCGGCGGCUGGAGAAACAAAAGACGCAUCUGUCACAAGGUCGCGACGUCAACACCAACGCAGAAUCGAUACAGCCAACCACGCAGUCCGAGAAGGACGAACGUCGGCGCAAGCUAAAGGACGAAUUGACUGUGCCGGACACCAAGUUGACGAGUAAGAAGAAGAAGCGUCUGGACAAGUACAUCGACACGAAAUUGAGGAAAGAGGAGAAUUUGGAGUUGUUGAAGAAGUUGGCCGUGGGGAAAGUGGAUACGAGUUUGCUGCACUCCUCGAAGAAGCUGGGACGGCAGAAGCAGACAAAACGGGAGGAGGUGGAGAGGGCGUUGAGGGAGAGGGAGAAGGGCUUGGAUGAUGAGGUAGACAACGAGGACAGCGAGGAUGAGGUUGAACAGGAGGUAGUCGCCGCGGCGGUUAUGAAGCCGGCGACAAGCUUUGCGACCUCAUUCGGUAGUGGCCUAAAACGACCCUUGGAGACAGACGAGACGGGCCAGCCGAUGAUCAAGAAACGAAAGAGGCGGAAACAGGCAAAUCCUGCGCGGUCGCGUGUUGAACAAGACGUGGCCAGUGAUGAGAAUGACGCUUCUGAUACAUCGGAAGGAGAUGACAGUGCGGCGUCAGAAGAUGAAUGGAAUGGCUUCGACUCGGGCAACGAGGGCUUGCUCUCGGAGCCGCCUGUCGCAUCCGACAGCGAAGAGGAGUCGGAUGAAGAGGAUUCAGAGUCUUCUUCAGAGCCAGAGAGCGAUGAUAAUCCGUCAGAAGAUAGACCAGCUCGUGUGUCUGCAUUCAAGGCGUGGGCAGAUUCACAACGAAAUGAGUCGCUCGGCUUCACACCUUCAACAGCUCCUACAAAUGAUCCUGCUAUCAGCGCAGCGUUCAAACCGCGAGCACCUUCGCCCGACACAGAAGUUGUAGAGAUUGCCAACGCAGUUCAACACCCGAACAAAGACGCAUAUCGACCCGCCACUGCGGUAGUGGUCCCGCGCUCUGAGGAGGUGCAGGCAGCUCGGCUGGAGCUACCAGUCGUGCAGGAUGAGCAGAAAAUCAUGGAGGCCAUUCACAAUAACCCGAUUGUGGUAGUCUGUGGAGCAACAGGGUCUGGAAAAACGACACAGCUCCCACAAAUGUUGCUCGAGAAUGGCUAUGCGAUGACCGGCAUGAUCGGCAUCACACAACCUCGGAGAGUAGCAGCGGUAUCGGUUGCAAGUCGCGUAGCUCACGAGUUAGGACCAGAAUUCGGCAAGAAAGUGGCGCAUCAAGUCCGAUACGACAGCACCGCAGCGCGAGAUACCAGCAUCAAAUUCAUGACCGAUGGAAUCCUGCUUCGAGAGAUUGGCAAUGACUUUGUUCUGAGCAAGUACAGCGCGAUCGUCAUCGAUGAAGCUCACGAGAGGAGUGUCAAUACCGACAUCCUCAUUGGUAUGCUGUCCCGCAUCGUUCCUCUUCGACAGGAGCUCAGCCGUGAAGCGCCGGAAAAGCACAAGCCGCUGAAGCUCAUCAUCAUGAGUGCUACAUUGCGGGUAGCAGAUUUCCUCGCGAACGACCGGCUGUUCAGGAGUAUCCGACCGCCGAUCGUGCAGGCCGAGGGCCGGCAGUAUGCUGUUACUGAGCAUUUCGCCAGGCGAACGCAGAGAGACUAUGUCGCGGAGACUGUAGCUAAAGUGUCGCGAGGACAUAAGAAGCUGCCACCUGGUGGUAUUCUGGUCUUCCUGACGGGUCAGGAGGAGAUUCAGACUGUUGCUAAGAGGUUGAAGGACGCUUUGGGAGGACAGGCUGCCGGUCUGGACUUUUCAAAGAAGCGUGAAAAUGGGUCCGAGAACAGAAACAGUAAUGACUACCUGGAACGUGAACUUGACGAUCAGUCAGACGACGACGAGCCGGAGAUCACAGGAUUCGACGAUGACGAAGACGAUACGGAGUUCGCGGUGGAAGACGACCCGGCUGCACCCAAGCCGAAAGGUCCUCUCAAAGCACAUGUCCUACCGUUGUAUGCUUCACUACCAACAUCACAACAGAUGCGAGUGUUUGAGCCCGUGCCUGACGACUCUCGAAUCAUUGUGCUGGCGACGAAUGUAGCUGAGACGUCUCUCACUAUUCCAGGUAUCAAGUACGUCUUCGACAGUGGCCGGAGCAAAGAGAAGAAAUACAACAUUUCUACUGGCGUGCAAGAAUUCAAAAUCGACUGGAUAUCAAAAGCAAGCGCUUCACAACGAAUGGGUCGAGCAGGUAGGACGGGUCCUGGACACUGCUAUCGUCUGUACAGUUCUGCUAUAUAUGAGCAGUACUUUGAUGAGCAUACCCUGCCGGAAAUUUUGAGGACGCCCAUCGAGGGUACAGUCCUGCAGCUCAAGAACAUGGAGGUUGACAAUGUCGUUAACUUUCCAUUCCCUACGCCUCCACAGAGCGAGCAGCUCUCGGCGGCAGAAAGACUACUGAGAAACCUUGGAGCGAUCGACAAGAGAGUUGGCAAGAUCACAGACAUCGGGAAGGAGCUCAUCCACUAUCCCGUCAACCCUCGCUUCGGCAAGAUGCUCCUGCUCGGCCUGCGCAAUGGCGCUCUAGCACAUACUAUCGCCCUUGUAGCUGGUCUGGCAGUCGGAGACCUCUUCAUUCCCGAACCGCAGAUCGCACAGAAGAGCAAUGGAGAAGACGCCGAAUCUGACGACGAUGAGUAUCGAGAAAAGCGACUUGCCAAUAACGCCGCCUUUACCGCCGCCCAACAACGCCGACAAGCGUAUGGUCGCGCCGCCGCCAAACUCUCCGGCUGGGACGACAAGUCCGACGCCAUAAAACUCCUCACCGCGGUUGCCGCGCACGCCCAAGCUGAAGACAGUCCAUCCUUCUGUACCGAAUUCUUCCUCCGCGAAAAGGGAAUGGUAGAAGUCCAGCAACUCCGCCGACAACUACACAACAUCAUGCAAGCACACGUCAAAGACGCUAAAGACGCAGUCUACAAACUCGACCUCCCUCCACAAACCACCAAGCAAAUUGCGAUCCUCAAACAAAUCGUCGCAGCAGGUUACAUCGACCAAAUCGCCGUGCGCGCCGACUUACUCCCCACCUCCACAUCCACCGCUGGCCGUCCUCCCCGCCGCGCUAUUGAAGUGCCCUACCGCACCCUCCUUCCCACCACCGAUACCACCGACCACCAAUCGACCAUUGAAGACCAAUCCCUCGCCAAAAACGUCUACCCUCACUCCUCUUCCCUCCUCUCCCGCCUCUCCGUGCCCGAAAUGCCCGCUUACGUCGUCUACUCAACCCUCUCCCGCGCUUCCGCCAUCACUGUCGGCGCGGCGCAAAAGCGAACGAGGAUGCAUCCGCUUUGUGUCGUUGGGCCGAAGCAGAUUGCGGCGUUGGCGGAAGGGACGCCGUUGUUGGAGUUGGGGAAGCCGAUUGGGAAGAUUGUGGAGAGGGAUGCGGGCAAGAAGAGGGAGUGUUGGGUUGGUGUCAGUUUGAGGGAUCCGGGGGAUGUGGGUGGGGUUGGAUGGCCGUUGGGAGCGUGGAAGGUUGUGCAGGUGAGGAAGGGGAGGGAGUGGGUUGUUGAGAAGGUGCUGGAUCGAGGUGGUGGUGGUGGUGGUGGUGGUAAGUAG